CAUUUACAAAGAAAUGCUAAAACUAUUCAUGCAAUAAACCCGAUCACUUGUGGCUUUAAUCAGUUAAUUAACGGUUAGACUCACAUCUCUCUUCCUUUCUUUCCAACAAUAUUAGCAAAUUCAUCACUAUGUUUCUUUCGAAGGCUUUUACAGUGUGUUUGGCCCUGCUCUUUGUAGAGGCAGUUUCAACCAGGAUUGAUCAACUUGAGGAAGAUAAACCAGAGAAAGAUCAAAAAUGUUAUCAACAAUUCUACUGCGGGGAAGUCCACAUAUAUGUAACGGGCCUUUUCCGAGUAGAAGGCGGUCCACAAGGCUGCGGUCACCCAAAUGUUCGACUCUCUUGCGAGCAUAAUCGUACCGUACUGUACUUGGGAUCUAAUUCCAACAAAUAUUAUGUAGAGGAAAAAAGUAUCAUGAAUUUCGGAAGCAGUUCCAAAAGGAUUCAUGUUAUCGAUCCUGGGGUGCAGAAGAACAACUGUUCAAGUCUUCCACUUUACUCAAUUACUCAUUAUUCUUAUAAUCCUUUACAUCCACCAGAGCCGCAUGAUUCAAUAGUAUUUGUGAGCUGCAAAAGACCAAUCGAUUCUCCUCUCUAUAUAGAUACUUCUCCUUGUCUCACUGCAAAAGAUUUUUACAGUUAUGUUGUGUUUGGAAACGAUCUGAUGGCAUCUACUAUUGAAGAGACUUGUACCAUCUACAAAACUAUUACUUCACAGUUUCAGAACUCUCUUGGUGCUGAAACAAGGAACAUUUCUUACGGGGACAUUCAUGACCUGAUGGCAUCUGGUUUCGAGCUUGAAUGGAUGGGAUACAGCGAUAGUUUUUGUUCAUCUGCGCUAUGCUAUGGGGUAAUUGGCAGUGGAGGAUUUUUUGGCAUUUGGAUUGCACUCUCAAUUGCAUACUACAUUUACGAACUCCGCCGCAGGCAUUUGUCACUACAUGAUGCUAUAGAAAAGUUUCUCAAAAGUCGAAACAACCUCAUUCCCCGAAGGUACUCCUACAGAGAGAUAAAGAAGAUGAGCAACAAUUUUAAGGAGAAAUUAGGUGAAGGAGGUUACGGUUCUGUCUACAAAGGGAAAUUGCGUGGUGGCCAAUUAGUAGCAAUCAAGAUGCUAACCAAGUCCAAAGCCAAUGGCCAAGAAUUUAUUAAUGAGGUUGCUUCACUCGGGAGAAUUCACCACGUAAAUGUUGUGCGAUUAGCGGGAUUUUGUGUUACUGCCUCCAAGCGUGCCCUUAUUUAUGAGUACAUGCCUAAUGGAUCACUAGAUAAGUUUAUUUUUGCAGAACAUUCUAAUAGGCUAUCAUUGAGUUGGAAGAAGGCAUUUGAGAUCGCCUCAGGCGUGGCUCGUGGGAUACAAUACUUGCACCAAGGCUGCAACAUGCAAAUUGUGCAUUUUGAUAUUAAACCACAUAACAUUUUACUCGAUGACAACUUCGUACCAAAGGUUUCAGACUUCGGACUAGCUAAAUUACAUCCUCUGCAAAACAGUGUAGUGUCUCUCACAGUUGUGAGAGGAACAUUGGGAUACAUGGCUCCAGAACUAUUUUACAAGAAAAUUGGAAAUGUUUCAAACAAGGCUGAUGUUUAUAGCUUUGGGAUGUUACUAAUGGAGAUGGCAGGAAGGAGGAAGAAUAUCAAUGCUCUUGCUCAGCAUUCAAGUCAAAUUUACUUUCCCUCAUGGAUAUAUGAUAAGAUUGACCAAGGAGAGGAUAUGGAAAUUGGAGAUCAUGCAACUGAAGAAGAAAAAACAAUUAGAAAAAAAUUGAUUUUGACAGCAUUGUGGUGCAUACAGAUGAUACCUGAGAAUCGUCCUUCAAUGAGAGAAGUCAUAGAAAUGCUUGGAGGUGAUCUCCAAGACCUGCAAUUACCUGCUAAGCCACGCUUUUGUCCUUCAGACUCUCCUGUAAGACAUCUUCAAAGUAGUAGUUACAGUUGUUCUGAGGAGCCCACAGAGUCCCCAUGUAACUCUGUACCUCUUGAAAUAGAGCAGAUUGAUAGAUAAGUAGUGCUCAACUUUGCCAUUCUUAUUCUUAUGGAACUUAUCCAUGUGUUUUUUUAAAUUCCCACUUGGUGUCAAUAAAAUGGGAAAAUACUAGAACUAGAUAAUAUGUACGCCAUGCCAACUAAUUUUGGUGUUUCAUGUGAUAAGUUUUUAUUCCUCUUGAUUCCUAA